AUGAGUUCGAUUGCUAGAGAGAUCCAACCUAUGAUUGAAAGCAAUCCAGACAUGCCAAUUCAAGCAAUCCAAAGUCAACUGCUUCAGAAGCAUCAACUUGAAAUAUCACUACAUAAGGUCUUCAGAGCCAAGAGGAUAGCAACUAUGAAGAUCUACGGUGAUUACCAAGAACAGUAUGGUCUGCUAAGGUCAUACUGUGAUGAACUUCUAAAAGCCAACCCAGGUAGUACAAUUAAAAUUGCUGUGGAGCCAUGUGGGAACUCAGCUAGUCCUAUAAGGCAGUUUCGAAGGGUUUAUUUUUGUUUUGCCUCUAUGAUGAAAGGAUUUAAGAUGAUUGGAAGACCAUUGCUGGGUGUGGAUGCUUGUUCCAUGAAAGGUCCAUUUCCUGGACAGAUCUUGAGUGCUGUUGGUAUUGAUGGGAACAAUAGCAUAUGUCCAGUUUGUUAUUCCCUUGUUGAGGCAGAAACAACACAAACCUGGAAGUGGUUUUUGCAACUAUUGAGAGAUGACCUAGGGUGUACGGCUAACUCUUGUUUCACCUUCAUCAGUGACAGACAAAAGCGUCUGAUUCCUGCUAUGCUAGCUGUUUUUCCUAAUGUUGAGCACAGAUUUUGUUUGAGGCACAUUCAUGAGAACAUGAAAUCCAAGUGGCGUGAAGAUCUUUACAAGAAUUUGCUUUGGUCAGCUGGAAGGAAGACAUCUAUUCCAUACUUUAACAAAGCUAUUGGAAGAAAUUAA